CAGGGGGCAGAGCCAGCGGCCGCCGCGCACCCUCAGCACGCAGCCGAUGCCGGGCCCGCCCCGCGCCAUGUUCCGCCGCGCCCCGCGCACCUUCCGCGCCCGGCGCCGCCCGGCCUCCAGCGGCAGCAGCAGCGAGGAGGAGCCGGGGGCUGAGCCUGACCCUGGCCAUGCUCCUGUCCCUGUCCCUGCCGCUGCCCCUGCCCCGCCGCAGGACCCCGGCACCGCCGCUGCGGAGGGGCCGCUGCCCGCAGAGCGGCCGGUGCGGGGCGGAGCGGGGGUGCGGAGCCGGGCGGGGGUGCUGAGCUUCGGGAGCGAGGAGGAGCGGGAAGGUGAUGAAGAACUUUUCAAAAUCAAAAAGCCGUCCUUCAAUGAAGUAACCUUUAGAAUUCAAAAGAAGAAAAGCCUGCUGCCUGCACAGAGAGAAGUAGAAGAAAGCAAAACAGAAAUCUGUGAUUUGGAGCCUGGAACUGGUAACAAUGAAGACAUGCAUGAAGAGGAGAAGGAGGAGGAGGAAAGUUAUUCUUCACAAAGUGAGGACAACAACAGCGCAGACUCUGAAAAUGAAUCCACUCCUCCAGGGAGGAGGAAGGAUUUAUCACCAGUUAAUAUCCCCAGUGCAGCUUGUGUUGAGUCUGCUCGGAGGAAACGUCUCUUAGCCAGGACACAGGCUGACUAUCUUCCACUGGAUGUUUCAAAUGGUCGUCAGGUUUCUCGGAGAAGAGAAAGCAGUGAAGAGAGUGAAGAUGAGCCUGAUAUGAAGAAUCUCAAUUUUGCUCCGAAAAUGAGAACUCUUAGGCAGAGAAUGACUGAACACAUGGUGUCUGUCAGUGAUGAGUCAAGUGAAGAUGAAGCACAAAUGAGGUGGGAAGAACAGCAAAUAAAGAAAGCUGUCAAGCUCUCUCAGGAAAUUUACAAUGAUGCUUCCCUGUGUAAAUCUCAACCAGCUAAACCCAAGUUUGAUACCUCUGUUUCCUUACCACCUGUGAGCUUGGAAAUUGUAAAAAAGCGACUGACUGAAAGGAUAACAUCAUUGCAGGAUGUGCACUGUGCCCACCAGAGGGAGUACGAAAAAUAUAUGCAGGACAUUGAAAGCUCAAAGAUGACUGUUGAGGAAUUAGAGAAGUCUUCAGAUGCUGCUUUGAAUUACAAAUUCUACAGGGCCAUGAAGACAUAUGUAGAAAACUUGAUAAACUGUUUGAAUGAAAAACUGAAAUACAUUAAUGAGCUGGAAUUGGCUGCACAUGCACUUCUUCAGCAACGAGCCAUGGCAGUGUUGAAACGAAGGCAAGAUGAGCUGAAAAUUGAAUCUGCUUAUAUUCAGCAUCUGACAACUGGGAAAGACAAACCAACUAACGGCGGAUUGGAAGAUGAUGGAAAGAUGGAGCUUCUGAAAGCGUGUGAACAUCGAAGGACUUGCAGGCGGCAGGUGAGAGAGCAGUCACAAAAAGCCGACCACCAUGAAGGCAUGUCAAGUGAUGAUGAACUGACUCCAACAGAAGUGACUGAAUUCCAGAAGAGCAAAGAUAACAUUUUAGAGGAUAGUAGGAAAAUCUUUGAAGAUGUACAUGCAGAUUUUUGUGACAUCAGAAAAAUCCUGUUGAAAUUCCAGGAAUGGAAAGAGAAGUUUCCUGAUUCUUAUUGUGACGCUUACGUCAGUUUUUGCCUGCCUAAGCUUUUAAAUCCAUUGAUCAGAGUUGAGUUAAUAAAUUGGAAUCCUCUUGAGCAGAGUUUUACAGACCUGGGAGAGAUGCCCUGGUUCCGAGCUGUAGAAGAAUUCAGUAAUGCGAAAAACACAUCUGAAUCAAAACGGGAUGAUGAUCCUGAUCAAGAAGUCUUGCCUAGAGUGAUUGAGAAAACUGUUCUACCAAAAAUUACAGCAUUUGUACAGAAUGUGUGGGAUCCUUUAUCAACUUCACAGACUGAGAACCUUGUACAGCUUUGCAGAAAUAUCUUUGAAAAACAAGUUCCGUCCAAAAGUGAAGGCAGAAAAGCGAAAGAGGAUUUGAUUAACGAGGUUGUCCUAAGGAUGAAGAAAUCUAUAGAGGAAGAUGUCUUUAUUCCUCUGUAUCCUAAAAGCACUGUGGAAGAUAAAUCAUCACCAGGUUCAAAAUUUCAAGAAAGACGUUUUUGGUCAGCUGUUAAGCUGCUCUCAAAUGUUCUCCUUUGGAAUGGGAUUGUACAGGAAGACACGGUCCGUGAUUUGGGACUGAGCAAGCUGCUGAAUCGUUACCUUCUUCUGAACCUCUUAAACACACCACCAGGGCCGGAUAACAUAGAAAAGUGUAAUAAGGUGGUUGCGUGCCUCCCAGAAAGAUGGUUCGAAGAUCUUGGAAAUGGAUCAACUCUUCCGGAGUUACUGAACUUCUGCCAGUAUUUGCUGCAGUGUGCACGUGUGCUUCACAAGAAUAACCACAGUGAUGAAACAAAAGAAGUUAUUCAUCUGUUGGUGAAGGUCAAGGCUCUGCGUGUUGUUGAAGACUUCAUUGAAGAGUACAAACUUGAACAUCUUAAAUUCAUAAUUGGGAAGUAGGGAUUUUUGAAGCAGUGUUUAAAUUACUGAAACAAGCCUGAUAUUCACACUAAAAAAAGAGUUCUAUUUAAUUAGUGGACUCCGCCUACCCAAAGAUGUAGUGGUAAUCAGUUGACAUCCCUGUGUUAUUGUUAAAUACUUGAGGAGUUUUUUUCCAAAUAUAUUCUACUGCCAUCUACUCAUAAGUUAAGGAGUAUUU